AUGGUAAAUGUAAAUGUCUACAGUAAAUGCACACGUUUAGUGAUUGAGUCUCAGGAUACAAAAUCUCAAGCCAGUGUUUCUACCUUAGUACCAGCAAGUGUACGUCCCAACUCGACACCUGAAGAUGUACCUACAAAAUCCAUAAAACCUCCAAAUUUAAUCAGUCUUGCAAACAUCAUGAAAAGUCAGGGAGCCAGUUACAGCAUGCAGAAAGCUACUGAAAGUAACUUAGAUAAAGCUUCAACUGACAUUGUUAGUAAAGACAACAGCCAGUCAGAGGCAGAGGUUUCAGCCAAAGAUAAACAGCCAGUUGAUAAGGUAGAGGAAGCAGAUGUUAUUAUACUGUCAGACAGUUCUGUAGACUCCCCAGUAAAAUCAUCUAUUGAUAUGAAAAAGACUGAUGAUGUUGAUAAAUCUAAAACUGCCUCACCGUCUCUGAAUACAAGUGCUCCAACUGUGAAAAUUAAAAUGGGUUUGCUUCAGGCUGUUAAAAAGUUGAAACCAAACCCUAAAGAAGGAACUCUUAACAGUGGAGACAAUGAAACAUCACAAGAUGAAGGUCUGUCCUCAGCAUUAUCUGAAGAUGAAAGUGAGGCUCCUUUGCCGUCAGCUUCAGAUGAUCAAGAGCCAAAGGCUAAUUCUACAACUUCCUCUUCAUCAUCGUCAUCAUCAUCUAGUGAGAGCGGAAGUAGUAGUGAUGAAAGUAGUGAUGACGAUGAUGGUGAAGCUGAUGAUGGUGAUAAUGAAAGUGAUGAUAGCAAAGAGGAAGAAUCUGAUAGUAAUGAUAGUGAAAGUGAUGAUGACAAUGAUGGUAAGCUAGACAAUAAAAGUGAUACCAAAGAGGUUGCAAAGAAACCUCAAGCUGUGAAAAGAAGAAUGAAAGUAGUUCCAACAACUGAAGAUGAAGAGGAGAGUAGCGAUAAUGAUAAUGAAAUUGAUCUAAUUAGCAGUAAUGACGAAGCUGAUCAAGAUGAUGACAGAGACAAAGAUUAUAAUGCUAGUGAAGAUGAUGUUGACAAUGAUGUUAUAAUGAUCUCAGAUGAAGAGUAUGCACCAAAAGGGAAGGCCAUUAUUCCUUCCCCGCCACACAAGAACAUUCCAAUGGGAACUGAAGUUCUGGUAAAAGAAGUUCCAGACUUUGAUCCAUCACUUAUUUCUUCUCUGAUGUCCGCAGAUAUCGGACCAGUACCAGUUGGAUCUCCCAUAGUGAAUAAAGCAAGUACUGUUCAUGGACACAGUUCAAUGGAUAUUGAUAAAACCUAG